AUGGCUACCAUUACAUCAUUCUUUCCCAAUUCUUCCCACUGCCAUGGCACAGUAGGGACCAUAAAUGUGCUUGGAAUUUCCCAAACGAAAUACGUUUCUUCUUGGGGUUUGCAAGUUAAAGCUUCGAAGGUGAAUGGUACCAGCAGAAAUGGAGGUAUACUCCUUCCAGCAAAUACAACUGUUGUAAUGAAAACUAGGAUGAUGAUGGACCAGAAGAAAAUGCAUCCAAACAUGGUUUCAGAUGUUAGUUUGGGGAGAAUGGUUCACAAUGGCUUUGUAUUCCGACAAAAUUUUUGUAUUAGAUCAUAUGAAGUUGGGCCAGAUGGAAGAGCUUUGGUAGAAACAUUAAUGAAUCAGCUGCAGGAAACGUUCCUUAAUCAUUUUAAGACAGCUGGACUCACUCAUCAUGAUAACUACGGUGUAACACCAGAGAUGUGCAAUAAGAACCUAUUUUGGGCAAUAGCAAAAACGCAAGUGGAAGUAGACCGUUAUCCACGUUGGGGUGAUGUUAUUCAAAUUGAUACUUGGAUAUCUGCAUUUGGCAAAAAUGGUAUGUCCACUAAUUGGAUGUUGUGUGAUUGCAAAACAGGCGAUAUAUUAAUGAGAGCUUCAAGUACUUUUGUGAUGAUUAAUAAAGAGACGAGAAGGCUAUCCAAAAUCCCACUCGAAGUUCGAGCUGAAUUAGAGAAAUAUUUUGUGGAUACAGCACCUAUCAUCGAAGAGAUUACUAGCAACUUCCCAAAACUUGAUAAGAACAACGUUUAUGUUCGCAAUGAAUUAAUAACAAGAUGGAGCGAUUUGGAUGCCAACCAACAUGUUAAUAAUGUGAAAUAUAUUGGAUGGAUUCUCCAGGAUGUUCCGGAGCUAAUUUUGGAGAGUUAUGAGCUUGCUAGCAUGACUUUAAAGUAUUGUCGAGAGUGCACGAAGGGCAGUGUGGUGCACGCGUACACUUCUGUAUUGGGGGAUAACAAUGGCGGAAUAGCUUACUACGAUCAUGUUGAUUGUCAGCAUCAGCUUCAACUCGACGUUGCUGGUGGUGAUGGCGAGAUCAUAUUGGAAGGAAGGACUAGGUGGCGGCCGAAACAGUGGUGACUAGUUCCCAAAUGGAACUGAUAGAGAGUAUGUUUAUAUUCUUCAAUAUUCGUAAACGUUUGCAAAUAUCUUAUUUCCUUGGCGAUUGUACAUUAACUAGGAAUGUAUUCACUAUAUACAUAUGUCGCAUCCACAGUGGCACAACGGCGUGCAUGCCUAUGAUGCC